GCGAUGGGCAGCUGGGCCCUGGCGGGGAUGGCGCUUUGCAGCCUGGCGGUGGUCGCCACGCUAGUCUCAGCUGAUGAAGACUGCAAGUGGUACAUGGACAGGAACGGCUCAUGGCACCCUGGCUUCAGCUGUCCCUUCUUCUCCUUCUGCUGUGGGAACUGCUACCAUCGCUUCUGCUGCUACGACACCAGCAAACUCAUCACUGAGCGGCAGCAAAAGCACUGCAUGGCAUUCAGCCCUAAAGCAAUUGCUGGUAUCGCUUCAGCUGUGAUACUCUUUGUGGCCAUUGUGGCCACCAUUGUCUGCUGCUUCCUGUGCUCCUGCUGCUAUCUGUACCAACGUCGGCAUCAUAGCCAUACACCUUAUCAAGAUUAUGAGAUCCCCAUGUCUGGAUACCCUGCUCAGGCUCCAGGACCUUACCCGGUGGAUCCCAAAGCAGGGCCAGCACAAUUUCAGCCUUAUGCCCCUGUGGCUCCUUAUCCUCCUGAAGGUCUGACUGCACAGUACCCUUUAUACCCACCUGGGCCACCAUACUACCAUCCUACAGCUCCCCCACCCUACCUCCCACCACAGCCUUCCCAGCCCUACACUUGAAGAACAACUUAACAGAGACCGUUCAGCAAAAGCCUU